UUGAUUUUCAGAGGAAGAAGUUCUUUGUUGAAUGUGUCUUGUUUUUUCUCUUAUUUAUACCACUUUAUAGAAUAUUUUUAACAUGUAACGGCGGAGUAGGUAAGUUUAUUUUUUUCCACGAUGUCAGGGGCUGUGAAAGAAGAGCCUGGUCGACAAAUAAGCGAAGAUCAGAAGGAGACAAUUUCCUUCUGGAGUCAAAGUGAGCGUGGACAGAAAGCUGAACAGCGAUUGGUUAAUCACCCAUAUGACUUGGAAUCAUGGGGGGUGCUUAUAAGAGAGGCACAGAAUUUUCCACUAGAAACAUCCAAGGUCCUAUACGAGAGGCUUGUUAGGAGGUUCCCCAGUUCUGGACGUUACUGGCGGUUGUACAUUGAACAAGAGAUGAAACAUCAAAAUUAUGAGAGAGUAGAGAAGUUGUUCCAAAGAUGUCUGAUAAAAGUAUUGAACAUUGAGCUGUGGAAGUUAUAUCUGACGUAUGUCAAGGAAACAAAAAGCACUUUGCCAAACUUUAGGGAAAAGAUGUCCCAGGCAUAUGAGUUUGCAUUGGAUAAAAUUGGGCUUGACUUUCAUUCCUACCAGGUGUGGAUGGAUUAUAUUGGUUUCUUAAAGGCAGGUGAUGCUGUUGGUUCAUAUGCCGAAAACCAGAAGAUUUUAACCAUCAGGCGUGUGUUCCAAAGAGCUGUGACCACACCCAUCAUAAAUGUUGAGGCAAUAUGGAGAGAGUAUAACACCUUUGAACAGGGUAUUAACAAAACACUAGCAAAGAAACUUAUAGAUGAUAAGACAAGAGACUACAUGAAUGCCAGGAGAAUGUCCAAGGAAUUUGAAGCACUAACCAGAGGAUUAGUGAGAGGAGCACCAUCUACCCCCCACCUGGGGACCCCUGAGGAAGUCAAACAGCUUCAAAUCUGGAAGAAAUAUAUCUUCUGGGAGCGCAGUAAUCCCCUAUGGAUUGACGACACAUUACUGUUAACAAGAAGGGUUAUGUAUGCAUAUGAGCAGUGUCUUCAGUGUAUGGGCUUUAAUCCUGAUAUCUGGUGUGAAGCGGCGUCGUAUCUGGAAACAACAAGCAAACAGCUUGCUGAGAAAGGGGACAUGCAGGGAUCCAAACUGCUAAGCGACGAGGCAUCUAAUCUAUAUGAAAGAGCAAUAAAUGGUUUAAUGAGUCUUAAUAUGCUGUUAUAUUUUGCAUAUGCUGACUUUGAAGAGGGGAGAAUGAAAUUCCAGAAAUCCAAGGAAAUUUAUGAGAAGUACAUCGCUCUAGAAGGAGUGGACCCAACACUGGCAUAUAUUCAGUACAUGAGAUUCUCCAGGCGAGCAGAAGGAGUAAAAGAAAGUAGAGUAGUAUUCAAAAGAGGACGAGAAGACACCAGAACGAACUUCCAUGUAUUCGUUGGAUCAGCAUUAAUGGAAUACUAUUGCGGCAAGGACAAAAGUGUUGCAUUUAAAAUAUUUGAGCUUGGAUUAAAGAAAUACAUUAAUGAACCAGAAUUUGUCUUGGCUUAUGUUGACUUCUUAAGGCAGUUAAAUGAUGAUAACAAUACAAGAGUUCUUUUUGAGAAAGUCCUAAACACAAUGCCUAAAGAAAAGUCUGGGGAGGUCUGGGCCAAGUUUCUAGAAUUUGAAUCCACAAGUGGAGAUUUAGCAAGUAUUUUAAAAGUAGAAAAACGAAGGCUUCAGACUUUCAAAGAGGAGUUUGAGCAACAUGAAACUGCUGUUCUUGUUGACAGAUACAAGUUCCUGGACUUAGUUCCUUGUUCAUCCCUGGAACUCAAAAUCAUGGGAUACUCAGGUCCCCUAAGACAGAUAGGUGUUAUAUCUGCUCCGAUAUCAUGUGUAGAUCUACAAGAAGAAAUAACCGAAGAAAAAACUGUAAAAUUCCCUCUCCCAGACACAACACAGAUGAUGCCAUUUAAACCAACUUCUGGAACAGUUGGUUUUCACUCUGUACCUGGUGGUGUAUUUCCUAUCCCUCCAGCAGCUGCUCAUCUCAUGACGUUACUACCUCCACCAUCGUGUUUCCUGGGGCCGUUUGUUGUUGUGGAUGAACUGGUCAGACUAAUAUCUGAAUGCACCUUACCGGAACACCGCCCUACAAGCAUACUUCCAGCUGACUCAGGACUUAAUGGAAUCGACGAAGAAAAUCACACAGAAAAUACAGACAGAAGAGGUGUAAAAAGAGCAGUUGGACAUGAUAGCGAUGAUGAAAGCUCACCUGUAAUACCACCCUCACAUGAUAUAUACAGAAGCCGUCAACAAAAGAGAAUACAUUAGAAACUGUACUAUGCUGUUACCAUGGUGACACUUAUUGAAUAUCGAAACUGUCUUUGUCGGCACAAACCUUGGUUACCUUGACAACGGACAUACACCACUAACUUUAUAAAGCAAUAGGCAGCUCUCUUGUUUGCCAUGGCAACUGAUAUUGCUUUAGUGCUGAGCUUCACAAGACCCUUUCUUUCUGUACACCAUGAAAAAUACUGAUAAACAUACUUUUGUGUUGUUUUUAGCUAGAAGUUGAGAACGUAAUGGUUCAUAAAAUCAUUGUAAACGUCUCCUGGAUUUUACUUGAUUCUUCAGGUUAUUGUCAAACUUUGCAUGUUUAUUUCUGCUUUAUUAUUUACAUAAUCAUUGAGAAAUCUACCUAUUUCUAACCAUUGUUCACGUCAACCAAUAUGUAACCAUUUGAGUGUAAAUACUUAAAAGAAAAACUGAAAAGUAAGCCAAGAAACGACGAAAGCUGUGAUAUAGAAGAUUAGCAAUUGGUUUGAAUUUUUAAACAAAUCACUGUGACCUUUACAACCCAUUUUAGAAAUGAAUAAAGUAUUUGUAAUGUUUCCUUUUUCA